CUCUCUGGUGUUUUUACUGAUAUUGCCUGCACAACACUCGUAGAAGCCUUGCCCCUCAUCCCAGGCAGAGAGCAGGCCAGCCCUUGCCCCCCGACGGAGCUGGUGGGACCCACCUUCUCCCGGAGCAUCUCCCGCUGCCCUCCACAGUGAGAAUCCUGGAUCCUCACGUAGCUGGAUGUGCUACGAGGAUGGCCAUCGUUAUUUAAUUUGGUGCCCAAGUUGCCUCUGAUUUGGCUGGCGGGAGCCCCAUCAGGUUGGCAGCUAUGUCCUUUUGACGGGUCCUCAUGGUCCUUUGAACACCUGCUUGCUUCCUGAUGCAAAAAAUCCGUUCCGGGUGCAUCUUGCAAUUGCCCUAGCUGUGGAAUCAGACAUUUCUCCAGAGUCCUGCUUCCUUUUGGUGGAAGAAGAAGCAAGCUUGCAUCUGACCCAUCAUGGUGCCCACAGAGCUCACAGGUCUUGUCUCUAACAUGUCUGACGAUUACAGCUACCAUCCCACGUCUCCUCUGGAUGACUACCUAAACCUCCCUGAACUUUACUGUAAGAAAAACAAUGUCCGGCAGUUUGCGAGCUACUUCCUCCCGCCCUUGUACUGGCUCGUGUUCAUCGCGGGCGCCUUGGGCAACAGUCUGGUCGUCCUUGUCUACUGGUACUGCACGAGAGUGAAGACCAUGACCGACAUGUUCCUCCUGAAUUUGGCAAUUGCUGACCUCCUCUUUCUCGUCACGCUUCCUUUCUGGGCCAUUGCCACUGCGGACCAGUGGAGAUUCCACACCUUCCUGUGCAAAGUGGUCAACAGCAUGUACAAGAUGAACUUCUACAGCUGCGUGCUGCUGAUCAUGUGCAUCAGCGUGGACAGGUACAUUGCCAUCGCUCAGGCCAUGAAAGCGCAGACCUGGAGGCAGAAAAGGCUCGUGUACAGCAAAAUGGUCUGCUUUGCUGUCUGGGUGCUGGCGGCCAUGCUCUGCAUCCCUGAAAUCCUGUAUAGUCAACUCAAGAAGGAAUCUGGCAUUACCAUCUGCACCAUGGUUUACCCUAGUGACGAGAGCACCAAAGUGAAGUCGGUGGUCUUAACCUUGAAGGUCGUCCUGGGCUUUUUCCUUCCUUUCGUGGUCAUGGCCUGCUGCUAUACCAUCAUCAUCCACACUCUGUUACAAGCCAAGAAGUCAUCCAAGCACAAGGCCCUGAAGGUGACCGUCACCGUCCUUACUGUCUUCUUCCUAUCUCAGUUCCCCUACAACUGCAUUCUGUUGGUGCAGACCAUCGAUGCCUACGCCACGUUCAUUUCCAGCUGUGCCAUUUCCACCAAUAUUGACAUCUGCUUCCAGGUCACUCAAACCAUCGCCUUCUUCCACAGUUGCCUGAACCCCGUGCUCUAUGUUUUUGUGGGCGAGAGAUUCCGCCGGGAUCUUAUGAAGACCCUGAAGAACUUGGGUUGCAUCAGCCAGGCGCAGUGGGUCUCGUUCAUGAGGAGAGAGGGAAGCGUGAAGCUGUCGUCCAUGCUGCUGGAGACGACCUCGGGAGCGCUCUCCUACUGAGGGGUCUUGGCUCCGACGUGGGUGGCCCUCUCGGAAGUAAUGAGAAAUACAAGUACAGCUUCUCCACUGAUGGGACCAGAGGGAAACCAAUGAAGAAAAAGAAAAAGGAAGUGUGUGGGGGGGGGGGGGAGAAAAAG